AAGUGGCAGGGGAGGAGAUGAAGGGGUUAGGGGGGGAGAUGGCUCCGCAAAGCUCCAGCACGAAGGGCCACCCUGACCCGGUUCCGUGGCAGUGCUGCUGUCGGGGUCCGGCGCCGCUCCCUAAACCCGGAGGGGAAGCACGGCUGCCUUCGGUAGGGCCAUAAGGACGGUGAUUAAGGCGCAUUGCAGACAUGCGUUUCUCUCCGACGAGGAUCCCGGUUGUGAGGAGGGCUGGAAAGGGCUUCGCCACCCGUGGGGAGCCGUGAGAGCACUGCUCAUCCCAGGGUGACGGGGAGGGACGCUGCUGAAGUUCAUCUUCCAAGCUGGUUUGGUUUCUUCACGUGCCUUGAGGGAGCACUGCGUGCUGGAACAUUCACCAGAGCUGUCAGAGAUGGAGGGCUUGGGGCUGGACGACAGCAGGGAAGGUGGAUGCUGGCCACGGCUGGUCAGGAGCGAGGGAAGCCCAAGAAACAGCUGUCUGUAGCUGCAGGCUUCGCCUUUAAAACGUGCCUUUCACUGCGAGCAGGGGGAAGGCUACAUAUGCAGCAGAGCUGUCAGCCCCACAUCUGGUCUUAGGAACUGUUUAUUGCAGACACUGACAGAUCACAGAGAGGAGGAGGCAGAGCGGGAUGACAUGAUGGAUUCACUCCCGGAGACACUUUCUGAGUGGCCAGGCAGGGCUGGUUGUCUCUGAGCUUGAGGGGUUCUGCAGCUUCUAAUUUAAAAAUAAAAGAAAAAGACAAAUCUCUGUCUUCUGAUCCUAAAUGUUGUGGCCGUGCGGGGAAUCAGACACUGCUCUGAAUUUCCUCCUGUGCCCCAGCCCCAGGCUACAGGUGGAUUUCCCACCAGCUUUGCAGGCUCUGGAAAAGGUCAUCUGCUGUGUUGGAACGUGGCUCAGGAGCAAUGCCAGCCCACAAGCUGGCCAUGUCUGCAUGCCCCGCUCUCCGUUGGUGUUCGUUUUCCCUGUUGCUCGUGGGGAAAGGUGGAUUGUUUGCUCUACUUGCUGCCAGCUGCCGCCUCUGUUCAGCUGUAAUCGCUAUUCGUCCUCCCACCAAACACUUGAGUGACCUCAAACCAAACAAGCAGAGGACAUAAAAGAAGAAAGAUACAAAUCCACUCCACAUUUUAACAUGCAGUGUUUUCAAUUAAUUUGGUUUGGGAUUUUCACUGUUACCCCAGGGAAAAUCUGAAACCAUUUGGAAUCAUCAUACUUGAUCUUAGCUAUGUAGAAGACUAUGCUUGUCUGCCUCUCAAUCUAUUAGACUGACAUGAAGGAGGGGGUGAUUUUCCUCGUGACUGCACAGUUCUGUUAUUGCCCUGCUUUGGAGAUAACUUGUUUUUUUAAGGGUUGACAACCCAGAACUCCCCAAAGUCUCUGCUUGCAAUAAUGACCGCACACACAUGGAGUGUGAGGGUAGUUAGGAUACUGUCUUUAGCCCCAAACUGAAUUUUCUCCCAUCUCCAAUUAAUCCUGCCAUUACCUGCAGUGAUGCUGGGUCACUGUCCAGCUCCUACUGGAGAUCUGUCCUCAUCUGACACCCUCUGGCCACCUUUGCCUGAGCAAAGGGACUAAAUUCCCCAUUACCCGCAUAAGUCCUCCCUGCAGCUUGUCCCAUCUGGUGACAGCCCACAGUGUCACCUGCUUCCAGGAUGUAAAUUGGAGUCUCCCCUGCCUGAUGUUCAGGCUUCUCUCGCAAUGGCUGCUGUAGUUUCAUGGUCCAGGCAAAGGCUGAGGGAACGACGUCCCCAGCACCUUCACUUCUGCCAUGGCUGGAGGCCCAGAGCUAUUGAUCGGAGAGAGACUCUGCCCACACAGUAUUGAUCAGCAAGCACCGACUGGGCAAUGCAGGGCUGACGGUCAGUGGCCACGGGGGGACUUCCCAGAAAGACACCUUCAUGGCAGUUGACGCAACCUGUUGGUCUGAUUACCCCAUCCUCUCCCAGGCCUGUGUCUGGCCUUGAGCCCUCUGAUCAGAGCAGUCAUGUGGCAGUUCGCUAAUGAGGUGACGCCCUGCACGGGCAGCACAUUGUCAGGUGGAAGAGGAAACCGAGACAGGCCGAGGGAGAGGUUUACGAUCUUUUCUGUCCUACCAGCCAUGGAUAGGAAGCAGAAGCAAGCGGAGAAGGCCAGGCCCUACGGCCUGCUGAAGCCGACAGCUUUAGGCAAGAUCCCAGGCAGAUUCCAACUUCAUCAGGAAGCAUUGCCCCAUCUGCCUGUGCCACCGCUCCAGCAAACACUGGACCGCUACCUGCUGGCUCUGCAGCCCAUCAUCAGCGAGGAGGAGCUGAACCACACACAGGAGCUGGUGGCUGAGUUCCGCAAGCCAGGAGGUGUUGGGGAGAGGCUGCAGAAAGGCCUGGAGAGAAGAGCCAAGAAAACAGAGAACUGGCUCUCAGAAUGGUGGCUGAAGACAGCUUACCUGGAGUAUCGCCUGCCAGUUGUGGUCCACUCCAGCCCAGGUGUGGUUUUACCUAAGCAGGAUUUUCUGGAUCGACAAGGUCAGCUCAGGUUUGCUGCCAAGCUGAUAGAGGGCAUCCUGGAUUUCAAGACCAUGAUUGACAAUGAGACCCUUCCAGUGGAGUACCUGGGUGGGAAGCCCCUCUGCAUGAACCAGUACUACCAGAUCCUCUCAUCCUGCCGCAUUCCUGGGCCCAAGCGGGACUCCAUUGUCAACUAUGCCAAAGGCAAAAAGCAGUCCAGACACAUCACAGUGGUUCACAACUUCCAGUUCUUUGAGCUGGAUGUUUACAACAGUGAUGGAAGUCCCCUUACCACUGAUCAGCUCUUCAUUCAGCUGGAGAAGAUAUGGAACACCUCCCUCCAAACAAACAAAGAACCCAUUGGGAUCCUCACCACCAACCACCGAAACAGCUGGGCAAAAGCCUACAAUAACCUUCUGAAAGAUAAGACCAAUAAGGAAUCUGUGCGUACAAUUGAGAAGAGCAUUUGCACUGUCUGCCUUGAUGCACCUAUGCCACGGGUGUCUGAGGACAUCUACAAGAGCCGUGUGGCUGCUCAGAUGCUGCAUGGUGGAGGCAGUCGCUGGAACAGUGGGAACCGAUGGUUCGACAAAACUCUUCAAUUCAUCAUUGCUGAAGAUGGCUCCUGUGGUCUUGUAUAUGAGCAUGCUCCCUCAGAAGGCCCACCCAUUGUCGCUCUUCUGGAUCACAUCGUGGAGUACACGAAGAAACCUGAGCUGGUAAGAUCGCCCAUGAUUCCUUUGCCAAUGCCCAAAAAGCUGCGGUUUAACAUCACCCCAGAAAUCAAGAAUGACAUAGAGAAGGCAAAGCAGAACCUCAACAUAAUGGUCGAAGACCUGGAUGUCAAAGUCAUGGUCUUUCAUCAAUUUGGGAAAAACUUCCCCAAGUCAGAGAAGAUAAGUCCUGAUGCCUUUAUCCAGCUAGCCUUGCAGCUAGCAUAUUACAGGAUGUACGGCCACGUUUGUGCCACAUACGAGAGUGCAUCGCUAAGGAUGUUCCGCCUGGGCCGCACAGACACCAUCCGCUCGACUUCUGUAGAAUCUCUUAAGUUUGUGCAAUCAAUGGACAGCCCUGACAAAUCGGACCAGGAGAAGGCAGACUUGCUGAGGAGAGCUACGCAGGCCCACAGGCAAUACACUGAUAUGGCAAUAAGGGGCAAUGCAAUAGACCGCCACCUCUUAGGCUUGAAGCUUCAAGCUAUUGAGGACCUAGUGAGCAUGCCUGAACUGUUCAUGGACACAGCAUACGCUGUUGCAAUGCACUUCAAUCUCUCAACCAGCCAGGUCCCAGCAAAGACAGACUGCGUGAUGUGUUUUGGUCCCGUGGUUCCAGAUGGCUAUGGAAUCUGUUACAACCCUAUGGAUGAACACAUCAACUUCGCAAUUUCAGCAUUCAACAGCUGUGCUGACACAAAUGCAGCCCGCAUGGCACAUUAUCUUGAGAAAGCACUGCUAGACAUGAGGAUCUUGCUCCAGUCCACUCCCAAAUCCAAACUGUAAGAGGCAAACAUGAUGCAAAACCCCCAACUAAAGGGGCUAUCCCUCAUGCACUGAAGUUCCCAGUUCCUCAGAAAAUGAUUGAGGGAACAGCUUGCCCUGGAACCUAGGAGGGCAUCUACCAUUUGUUUUCAGCAAGAGGUUACAGAAUAGUCACCUGCAGAUAUUGGACUCUGUGGUGAGAGGAAACACUGUCUUAAGCUGAAGUAGAACUGACUGGUCCUCUCCCAUCAAUGCAAAGUACACCAUCCUGUCCUCAAAGAGGACUGAAAUAUGAUUUUUAUGGAACUUACUGUAAAGGAAUACAGAAAGCACGCUCCUUAUCAGUAUCUAAAUCCAUUUGGUGGGGAAGGUAGCUCUCCUCCAGGAAAAGCAGGGAAUGUUUAUUAUAAUGAUGGAACUACUGUAAGACCAAGUCUUUUUGCUGGUUUCAUCUUCUGAAGAGUACAGCGUCUUUCAGAAUUGACAGAAGAUUUUUCUGCUGCUCCAGCAAAACUUCACCAUUGAAAUUUGGCAAGGGGAGAAAGAAGUUCUUAAGUCAGAGCAGAUCCAGUCGUGUUAGAGUGCGCUGCACUACUUAUCCCAGGCACUCCAACCACUACCUGCUUUACAGGCCUAGGAAUGUUCCCCUCGUUUUAGGAUGCUGGGUUCUCCUUUCUGUUGCACUGACCCUAUUAACAACAAAAUAUCAUUUGCUACAAAGUAAGGUGGUUUUUUUGUUGUUGUUUUGGGCUUUGUUAAGCUUGCUGUUGUGGUCCUAGCCAUUGAUCUUCAGGCUCAGCAUAAAGCUUUUUUUCCCCACAAAGUUUCUACAAAACUUCUCUCACACAGGUUUUGCUAGCUUUGGCUUUAUGUAUGUUAACAUUUGUGGAGAUGAGAAGGGAUUGCCUAUGCAUUUAGCAGAACACUUGCUUCAUUGUCCCUUUCUUUGGAAUUGAGGAAAAGAAAAAGAUGCUGACCUCCUGUUUACUAGCCAGAAGGCCACAUGCCUAGCCUCCUUCAGGGCACACAUGUGAACCUAAUGUGAUUUUAUACCUUACCUUCAGAAACAACAUAUUUGUGCAUAAUGUGUUAUGCCUAAGUUGUGGACAAAUAAGAAUGUUUCUGAUCAGGAACUCCAGAACAUACUUCCAUUUCUAGCUCACAGAGUUAAAAUCUGUUAGAGUCAAAGGAAAAGCAGCUGCAGAAUCACCCUUCUUUCACAUCACUCUGCUUUAACAAGGCAGAAAAUCUUGAAAAGCAGGAAGAAAGCUGAGAACAUGUGGGCAGUGUAUAUGUUUGUGCACUGUGGCAGCCAUUGUUCCUGCAGUUAGCAGUACAGCACCUUUUCUGCCACUCUUUGGAGUUUUUUCUUCCUGCAGUGUUACUUAGAUUUGUGCCAGCUCUAUUCUGUGAGAGAAUGAUCUCAUGAUAGUGUUUUCAUGUUCAGCUGACGAACUUGAGACAGUAAAAGAUUAUAUAUAAUUAACAUACAAGUGUAGCAUAGGAAUUUUUGUAAGCACUACUUCCAAUGAAUCUGCCAGAAUCCAAGCUCCUGACUCUACUUUUAUUUAGUAAAACUGUAUGGUAAUGAAUUCUAGUGCUAUUUCUGCAGCAGGAAUUUAGUAUUUGAAUUAUACACCAUUCAAGAUGUGGCUGCUGGGACAUCACCAUAAACAAGAAGCAUUAGGAGUCUGAUGGCCUGUUUUGUUACCAGGGAAAUACUUGAUCGCAAUUGCUACUUUUUUGAUCAUAUAACAGCAAGGGACAUGAUCAAAGUGCCUUGGUGAACAUAUAUGAAGAAGUUUGCACUAAACCUGUUUAAAGAAAAAAAAAAUCAUUCUAAUUUGCUUCUUGAAAGACACAAGCCAACACUACUGCAUUUUUUCCUAAAAGGAUGUUAUUUCAAAGCUUCUUAUACCUAAAUAAACCUUAAAGGAAAAUUUAACUGAAACUCACCUGCACAGCCAGUGAUUGUAUGAACUGCCACUUUCGCAUCAUCUACAUGGAUUUAGUUGAUCUUUUAGAAGAAUCCUGAAUGGAGUGAGAUAAUCUAAAAAAAACCAAUAGGAGCACUACAAACCUGCAAGCACACAUCCCUGCUCUGUUGACUCCUCUGUAUGAAUUGGACUGAAAACUGCAAGAGGAUACUCAGUAUUAUCAAAGUGUAAGUGAUUGUGUAAAUACUACAUAAAAGACCAAACCUUGCUGGAAUAACAUCUGGGUUCAUGGAGCCUUUUACAUUGAAAAAAUAUUCCUUUUGCCAAAGUAACCCUCCCCCCAUACUGAAUCAACCUCUGUUGCUAGGGGAUGAGUUAUUUCUCCCUGUCUGCAAUGCCUUCAACCACUGAUGCUACAGUAUUGCCACUUAAGUAUUUGAGACUGGCCCUUUUCUACUGCUGUCUCAUCAAAGGGGAAGGCUCUCAAAGGAAAGUGCCUAUUAAAGAUUAAGCAGAAGUAUGCACUGCUGUGACUGUAUCUCAGAAGAUGGGAGUGAUCUAUUCUGGAUAUCCCACUAGCUUCAGCAGAAUACAGCUGCAAGAAGCAGACUAUCACACUGAAAGAGAUACAAGAUUCACAAACCACUUAAUGCAUCCUUAAUGAUACACGGAACUGAAAUUCAGAUGAAUGAAGCUGAUUUGAAGUGCUUGAAAGGACACUAAAAUCAUUACAAGGUUUCUCCUUUAAAAAGUCUUUUUGUACAAGUUCUAAAAUGUGAUGUCCUUCUGAUUCAUACCUUCUUGAUUUUUUUGCUGUUGACUUACUGAAUACUAUUCUCCUCCCUGUUUCUGAUUGUCUGAUCGUUUGAUCAAGAGAUGUCCAUUGUCUUAAAGGCACAUUAAGUACAAGAAACUUCAGAUCCAGAAAAACCACCGAUUUGGAACAAAUAAUUUAAGAAAUGCAUAGACUGAAAAUAUUCAGAUAACUCUUGGGGUAUGAGUGCAAUUUAUGACACAGCCUGGUAGUGUUGCAUGCUUUGCUGGUUAGCUGUGUUAAAUACUGUUUUGGUAGUGUA